CACCACACAACCCCGCUGUCAAAGACCUCAACGCUGGACGUCGUCGUGUUCACUCGCAAACUCGUAUACGUUUAUCACGUAUUUGUUAUAUAGAUCGUAUUAUCGCAACCGCUCUUAAAUAUUUAUUAUCCGUCGCUUCUUCGUCUAUAAAAAUCUCAACGUUGCGUCACGUGCGUGUGAUCGGGUAACAAUCGAUUUCAAGUCAUUUCCUCAUUUCCACCGCCGCUGCAAUGGACGGUCCGCGUUGGCCCGUGACAAUGACGUCAACCAAGAAGACCAUGUCUAGGUCUUUUCUAAUCGACACUCUCAUAGGAAGCGUCAAACGUCCCCCCACUAGUGCCGCUGUUGCUGCUGCCGCCGCCGCAGCGUCCGUAUCCGCAGCUUCCGGAUCUUAUCACCCACAACUCAACGAGUACAUUCAGUUCUUGAAUAGGACUGCAGCAGCGGCCGCCGUCUACGGAUACCAAUCUCCAACACCUGUUGUAUUCCCGUCGGCUACAAAUCCGCGGUUUUUCGGAUAUCCGGUUGGUGGCAGUAGCAGUGGAGGUGGCGGUGGUGCGUUUGGCAAAGACCACCAACAGCAACAUCAUCACCACCAAAAGCAGCUAUCGCCAACAGUUGUAAAACCCGUUCCCGUUGUAGCCACCAGCACAGGCCAGAAGAAUAAAUCACAUCAUGCAAAAACAACGACGAAAAAGAGAACCAUGGACGAAAUGAUGGCUUAUGACUCAGAAUGUGUUGCGACUGAAGACUCGCUACGAGAAAAUGGUGAGAGCGACACAGAUUCCGGAAGUUCGAAAAGGAUUCGGACAGCAUUCACCAGUAACCAACUAUUGGAAUUGGAACGAGAAUUCUCCAGCAAUAUGUAUUUGUCACGAUUAAGGCGCAUAGAAAUUGCCAACUGUCUACGGUUGUCUGAAAAACAAGUGAAAAUUUGGUUCCAAAAUAGACGGGUUAAGCACAAGAAAGAAGAUGGACCCUCGUCAUCGAUCAAGUCAGGUACAUCGUGCUGUAACUGUCCGAAAUCAUGUCACCAGUCAUCUAUAGCGGUCGGAAAUACGUCCGGUUGUCGACAAAACGAUACUGACGGCGGCGAUGGUGAUGGACAUUGUGGUCGGUUUGACUAGACGCGAGUGUAGGCGAACAAGCUAUAAUUAUUAUAAUAGUUCGCCCGUGGCAAGUACAAACAUUAAUUUAAGAGCAAUGGCUGUGAUGAAGAGUGGCGGUCGAAUGUCAUCGAUCAACCACUGUAAUAUCGUAACACGAAUUUCUUUUUCAACCGUUCGUGGUGGACGCGAAAUUACUAAGGCACUGAAAAUCUAACGAAUUUAAUUAUUUGUAAAAUAAUAACAGGAUAAUUUGUGUCCUGUGCGUUAUAUUGAACCACUAAUAGUCGGCAAUGGCUUUGACGGUGUCAGCGAAAUAAGACGCAACUGGUACGCGUGGUUUGAAUGAAACAUAUUAUUUAUAUAGUUUAAUGAAUAUUACGUUUACUUAAU